UUUUUUUUGGUCCGGGGUUGGUCGCUUGGUUGGCCGGGGCUUUUUUUCGGGGGCCGAGCCGUGUGUGCGCGCCGCUGCGGGCACCGGGGGCUGCGGAGCGCGGAUGGGGAAGGCUGGGGAAAGCAGCGCGGCGGGGGGAAGCUCCGCGGAGCAGGGCGCGGAGCGGAGCCCCCUCGGGGGAGCAGCGCAGCCCCCUGGCCCCCCAGCCCCGCUCCCUGCGCCGCGACCCCCGUGGGUCGCCAAAACCCCCCGGGUGCGCGGCGCGGGUCCCCAGGGCUUUGCGCUGCCUCCCGCGGGUGCGGAGUUUGCGCGGGUGCGCGCCCGGGGCGUGGGGGUGCGCGCCCGGGAGGGUGCGCGCCCGUGUGUGUGCGUGCACCUAAAGCAGAUAAUUGGAGAGGGUUUCCAGAAGGUGGAAAAUGUCACCUGAUUCACACUGAACUUUUUAAAUCUCCCCACCCCCGAGCAGACACACACACACAUUAGGAGACCGCCCACCGCAGACAGCUAAGACCCCCGUAUAGAUUUAAAGAGAGACUGCAUUCAGAGCCUGACGUUCAUUCAAUAGAGCGAUCAUAAGCAGGCUGGCUAGUGCUCGCUCCCUCUCCCUACUCCCCCUCACUCUGUUUCUGUGUCUCUCUCACUCCGUGCUACGCUGAGGAUGUUAAAUCAGAGGAUCCACCCGGGCAUGCUCUUACUCCUGAUGUUUCUCUGCCACUUCAUGGAAGACCACACAGCGCAGGCUGGGAACUGCUGGCUCCGGCAGGCGAGGAACGGCCGCUGCCAGGUCCUCUACAAGACCGACCUCAGCAAGGAGGAGUGCUGCAAGAGCGGCCGCCUGACAACCUCGUGGACGGAGGAGGAUGUCAACGACAACACGCUCUUCAAAUGGAUGAUUUUUAAUGGGGGAGCCCCAAACUGCAUCCCCUGCAAAGAAACGUGUGAGAAUGUGGACUGUGGACCCGGGAAGAAAUGUAAAAUGAACAAGAAGAACAAACCUCGGUGUGUUUGUGCUCCGGAUUGCUCUAAUAUCACUUGGAAGGGCCCCGUGUGUGGCUUAGAUGGGAAAACCUACAGGAACGAGUGUGCCCUUCUCAAAGCCAGAUGUAAAGAACAGCCCGAACUUGAAGUCCAGUAUCAGGGCAAAUGCAAAAAGACCUGUAGGGAUGUCUUAUGUCCGGGCAGUUCCACAUGCGUGGUGGAUCAAACUAACAACGCCUACUGUGUGACGUGUAACCAAAUUUGCCCUGAGCCUACCUCCCCUGAGCAAUAUCUCUGCGGGAAUGAUGGCAUAACUUACGCCAGUGCCUGCCACCUGAGGAAAGCCACCUGCUUGCUGGGCAGAUCCAUUGGAUUAGCCUACGAAGGAAAAUGCAUCAAAGCAAAGUCCUGUGAAGACAUUCAGUGCAGUGCUGGGAAGAAGUGCUUGUGGGAUUUUAAGGUUGGCAGAGGUCGGUGCGCCCUCUGUGAUGAGCUCUGCCCUGAAAGCAAGUCAGACGAGGCAGUCUGUGCCAGCGAUAACACAACUUACCCAAGCGAGUGUGCCAUGAAAGAGGCAGCCUGCUCCAUGGGUGUGCUUCUAGAAGUAAAGCACUCUGGAUCUUGCAAUUGAAUCUGCCAAUAAAACCUGAGCCAUUGAUUCUUCAGAACUUUCUGCAGUUAUGACUUCAUAGAUUAUGUAUAAAAAACCUUAUUGCAUAACAGCAGAUGCCAAAGAGCAUCUCACUACAAGUCGCAUAAAAUGCAACGCUGUAUUAUGGCUGUUCAGAGGGCUUUGAAAACAUGCACUGAGCUGCUUCUGCGCUGUUGUUGUCCUUAUUUAAACAACAGCUCCCCUGUAUUCCCCCAUCUAGCCAUUAAUGAAGACCCAGAGGAAGAAGAGGAAGAUGAAGACCAGGACUACAGCUUUCCUAUAUCUUCCAUUCUAGAGUGGUAAAACCUCCAUCACUAUUGGAACAGCCAUUGGGCACGAAAUCAAUGUCCAUACUGUAAAUAAGUGUAUGCUUAUUUAUUUUGGGGAGAAAAAAAGUAUACAUAUAGUUGAGUCUCGUAGACAUUUAUUUAUACUGUGUCAUGUUUUAUAAUUUAUACAUAAAAUGUCUGGUUGACUGUACACCUUGUUUUUUGAAGAAAUUUAUUCGUUACGGGAAGAGCAGUGUUAUUUAUUGUGAGGUCUCUUGCUUGUAAAGUAAAGCUUUUCUUUUUUUCUUGUAAACUAUAAAAGUCCAUUCCUUAGAGCUUACCCACAUGAUCUCAUCUCUUUGUUUCACUGAAGUUAACUUUUUUCCACUUUAACAAACUUGCAUGUCGGUUUCUGUUAUGUUUAUUUAUUGGAUUUUCUUCUUGCCGGUCCUGUACAUAAAAGAUCCCUCGGGUUUUUGUUUACAAGGAAUCUUGACUGACCAAAAGGCAUUGUAACUGACUUAAAUAUACUUCCAGGGUGCAGUGAGGCGGUCUUUAAGGAAACCUCUUCCACUUCACUUUUCUCUGCUUCUGAUCAGAUCACGUACUGACGUGAUCUCAAUGCGCUGAGCAUUUAUACUGUACUAUAAGAAUUCCGGACCCAAAGAAAAUCGGAUUAUGAAGGUUGUUAAUAGCUACAGGGCUAACUGUAAUAAGAAUAAAGUUUUAUUUUAUUUUUAUUGUUUUACUUUUUGUAACAUGCAUAAAUGUUUUAACAGGUGUUUCCUUUAAGAUGGUCUUGCAGUACCACUUUCAAAGUUUUGUUUCCCAAUCAGUGUGUCACUAAAAGUUUUAUCAAAGCUUUAUCAGUUCAAGUUUCUUGCUUUUCAUAAUACUUUUUUUCUGAUGCAAUUUUAUAUUUUCAAACAUGGCGAGUUAAAUAUAAAUUCAUUUAAAUAUAUAGUUUUGUACUUUUCUACCAUGUAAAUGUGCAAUGUAUAUAAAAGUUAUAAUGUGUAUUUGUAAAUAAAUGAUGAGUGAAAAAAUAAAAAAUGGAAUUUUCCCUAGA